UACGUGUGUUUAACUUGCUCUUAAAGCAUGGAAUCGGAAGGCUUUUUAACUCCGCGAAAGCUAAUUCAAAGUGCUCUUGCCCGCACAUCAUCCCGUACAUCGAUGGCUUCUUCGCCAUCGGUAAUGGCAGUAAGGACGCCGACGUCACUGUCACGGAACAGCUCCAGCAGCUGUAACACCACCACCGGCAGUCGGUUCAAUCUGCUACCUGUGCUCCAGACGCCUCCUUCGCGCAUUUUUAAAGGUCGCAUCGUCAAUCCCUUCGAACCGCACCUGACCGAAAGGUUUCACCUGCCAAUGAUCGGAAGCCCUUCACUGUUCCAGCGUCCCAGCACCCCGAAUAACAGCAGCAUCACUCAGUUCGAGUGGACGAUUGACGAAGUGUCCUCGCUAGGGCCGGCAAACGUAGAGCCGCACGAAACACAAUUCAUCGAAACGCCAGACCCGGUCGCGGAGGCUCGUGUACAAGCGGCAAUCAGCACCUACUUUAAGGAGCACAGUAUAGUGCCCAGUCCCAUCGACUGUCCUUUAAGAAAUCAGAAAAUCCUUCUUUCAAAGGACUCCAUCAACACCACGUCCUCAGCUAGUGGGACAGGACAGGCUAAACGAAAGCAUCGCGAUGGAAUAUGCCAAACCGUACUUUCUUUCCCACCCAAACUUCCCCAGGAUGUUGAGGAUAUGCUGCAAAAAUAUCUAACAUACAACGAGGAUCAACAACAGAAGCAUGAUGUCUCGCUGGACGUUUCGUCUGCCAGCAGCAUUGAUCACGACGCUCGAGAUGCUUCUUUGCGUCGUAAGCUGUUCAACACAUCCGCGGCCAUCGACGACCGGGACAGUGACAGGAGUGGUACAAGUCGGUAUGGAAAUUCUAUAGAUGAUUUCGAUCUGCGAGCCCUAAGUCCAGCACCGCAAUCACCGGAAGUGGUUGUAGUUCAGGAAAAAGCGAGCGAACAAGACCUGAAACGCUCACGAUACUAUGGAUCGCAGGAAAUGCUGAACCAUGUUCUGGAGAGCGAUGCCGAUAGCUCAUUCGGUGCGCUUUCACCCAUUUCAAAGAGCUUAGCCAGCAUAUCUCCUAUCGAUGCACUUGAACAGCACAAUUCAGACGCGGAUGCAAUUUACCGCAGCACGCCAGAGCCUUCCACCACAUUCCACAGCGAAAAUUUGUCGGUGGAGCUGAACGAAAGCCGGCAACAUAUGAGCGGUUCCAUAAAGCAUACCGAACUGACCAACGUGCUGGCGGAAGCGAAUCUAUCGAACGAUGGUGAAAGGAGUCAUGCCCUUUCAUCCCAAUCUUUUGAUUGCUCUCAGAUGACGCAUCACUCCACCACUCCGUUGCGUGGCUACCGAAGGAAGGAAAAUCGCCGAACAAACCGUAAGAAUUUGUCCCAAUCAUUUCUGCAAUUUUCUGACAAGGAUCCUAUCGAAGAAAGUAUUUCCACGACAGAUACUGAUUCCGACCUGCUUGUUAAGCGAAAUAUGGCAACGAAAGCUUUAUCCCCAAUUAAAGAAAUAGCUGGUCUGUCGGAUAGUGUUCUGCGUAGCGUAAAUUUCUAUCGCACCGAUAGCGGAUUCAAUGAGGAAAGCCAUUGUAACGAUUUUGUUCACGAACUGUCCGACGUUUCAAUGCUUUCUGAAGAUUUCUCAAACACUCCGGGAAGGAAGAGGCAGGAAGCGAUCCCUGACGCCUGUCCCGUUGACUGUAGGCAAUGAUAGUUCCUCGGAUUUAAGACUGUAAAAAAG